AUGACACAGAGCCCAAUCAACUUUAUAGGCGCGUGCUGGGGAGAGCGCACUUGAUCAAACUUCCAAACAUCACACACAGGACCAGCAGCUCAGCUGACUGUCAAAGUAUACAAGUGAAUAUUUCGAAAGAGAGAAAAAAAAAGCUCUGUCAAGAUGUCAAACUCAGGAGGUCGGAGACUGAAGCAGUGGCUGAUGGAGCAGAUCCAAAGUGGACAAUACUCCGGAUUGCAGUGGGAGGAUGAAACACGCACCAUGUUCCGAAUUCCAUGGAAACACGCAGGAAAACAGGAUUACAACCAAGAAGUUGAUGCAUCCAUUUUUAAGGCGUGGGCCGUGUUCAAAGGGAAGUUUAAGGAAGGGGACAAGGCUGAGCCUGCGACAUGGAAGACCAGACUCCGCUGCGCCCUCAACAAGAGUCCUGACUUUGAAGAGGUGACGGAAAGGUCACAGCUGGACAUUUCUGAGCCCUAUAAAGUGUACCGCAUUGUACCUGAAGAAGAGCAGAAGCAUGGAAAAAGCUCAGCAAUUACCAUGACAGCUCCCAGCAGCUCUGGUGAUAUCACUGACAUGGACUGUAGUUCUGCAGAAAUAGAGGAGCUCAUUAAAGAGGAGGAGGGCUGCACCAUCCAAGCCAGUCCAGAGUAUUGGUCCCAGGGGAGCGUCAAUGCUUUCCCACUGCAUCAGGAUCCUUUGCCAUCAAGCCCCCGCAGUUCAGCUUUCUCCCAAAUGAUGAUCUCUUUCUACUAUGGAGGAAAACUGAUGAACAACACACUGGUAACUCAUCCUGAGGGUUGCCGGAUUUCCCCACAGCAGCAUCUGGGUCAUGGUGCCCUCUACAGUUCAGACAGCAUGCAGACUGUUCAUUUUCCCUCCGCUGAGCUCAUUGAGUUUGACCGACACCGCUAUGUUACACGCAAGCUCCUGGGCCACCUGGAGAGAGGUGUGCUGGUCCGUGCAAACCAAGAGGGCAUCUUCAUCAAAAGGCUGUGCCAGAGCCGCGUCUUCUGGAGCGGUCUGGGAGAAGGGGGCUCGCAGUACAACCCCAUGCCUAGUAAACUUGAGAGGGAUGCUGUAGUCAAGAUCUUUGACACAGGAAGAUUUCUACAAGCUCUACAGCUGUAUCAGGAGGGCCAUAUUACUGCUCCUGAUCCUGCAGUGACUCUUUGUUUUGGAGAAGAGCUCAAUGAUCUCAGCAGUGCCAAGAGCAAACUGAUCAUUGUGCAGAUUACUAUGGUGAACUGUCAGCAUGUGCUGGAUACAGUGAACAUGCGUCGCUCUCAGCCUUAUUGCAACAACCCAAACCUGGAGAUGUGUGACGAAACAGCCACUGACCAGAUGGCUCAUAUCUACCAAGACUUGUGCAGCUACAGCGUUCCCCAGAGGCCACCCUGCUACAGGGACAACGUGCCCAUCACUGCCUAACCUGUGAGCAGGGACGCCUGACAAGAGAUCUCCGCUAUGUACAAGACUGAAUAUAUGACAUAUCAGGGGCAUCCCAUAUAUUUUUGUACACUGAAGUGACAUGAAGAU